CGUGUGUUGAAGUAGGAGUUCAUUCUGGUGGGUAUGAAACGAUGAAGCUUCUGGACAGAUUAUUUUGCGCUCAGCCAUUGCAACGAUUCAGUUUCUACCUCGCGCGCAUAGAAACCACUUGAUAUAGUUUUUAUAUCUAAAGUAUCACCCGCGGUUGUCGAGCUGAUUAGAACAAUUGUUUGAAAUUUGAACAAUCGCUGCGUUCGGCACGUGCAAUUAAUAAUGUUGAUGGAAGUUGUGCUGACUUUGGUUGUAGGUUUUGUGGGUGUUUGGUUUGUGGUCUUUUGGUCGUAUUACAGGCAUAUUAAGAGGGUACCAUCGCCAAGAUUAUGGCCAAUCAUUGGAAAUGCUAUGGAAUUUACGACUACAUCAGAGGUUCUUACUGUUCUGGACAGUUUGUACAAAAAGCUCAACACGAAAACUUUGAGAAUUCAUAUUGGUUUUCGUACUUUGGUACAAACAAAAGACUACAAAUUCCUUGAGUUUUUGCUAAGUAGUCAGAGUAUUAUCAGUAAAGGAAUAGGGUAUUCCUUUCUACAUGAAUGGUUAGGUCUAGGACUACUUACAUCUGAUGGUCAAAAAUGGCGUACACAUAGAAAAAUGAUCACUCCGACAUUCCACUUCAAGAUUCUCGAAGAGUUCAUAGAUGUAUUCAACUCCAAGGGGAAGAUUAUGAUUGAAAAACUGCAGAAGGAAGUUGGAAACAAAAGUUUUGAUGUAUUCCCCUAUGUUACACUUUGCGCCCUGGAUAUUAUCUGUGAAACUGCGAUGGGUACCUGCGUAAACGCCCAAAACGAAGAAUCUUCCCUGUAUGCUAAAUGUGUCAAAGACAUGGGCCGCAUCAUACAACAACGUGGACUGAACCCUAUCUACCAUUACAAAGUUAUCUAUCAGUUCACAAAGCUCUGCCAGGAAGAAAAGGCUGCUUUGAAGGUGUUGCAUGGCUAUACCAAUUCUGUAAUCAGUAAGAGACGCGCGCAAUUGGAGGCAGUAGCAAAAUCCACCCAAAAAACCGAGGAUGAUAUCGGUCAGAAAAAGAGGACCGCCUUCUUGGAUAUGUUACUGCAAGCCACCAUCAAUGGGGUACCCUUAACGGAUAAAGAAAUUCGAGAGGAGGUGGACACCUUUAUGUUUGAAGGACAUGAUACCACUGCAGCUGGUAUCUGCUACACUCUAUUCAACCUUGCUAAUCAUCCCGAAGUGCAACAACGUGCGUUUGAAGAAUUGAAGGAUAUCUUCGGAGAUGACACAGAGAGGGAGUGUUCGUAUCAAGAUCUCCAGGAGAUGAAAUAUCUAGAAAUGGUCGUGAAAGAAACACUCAGGUUGUAUCCAUCGGUACCCUUGUAUGCAAGAAUGAUUAAAGACGAUGUCACCUACAAUGGUAUGGUCCUACCCAAAGGUAUGACUAUUGGAAUCUACGCUUAUGGUAUCCAAAGAGACCCCGACUACUUCCCGAAUCCGGAAAAAUUUGACCCGGAGCGUUUCGCACCCGAAAACUACGACGGAAGACAACCCUACGCCUACAUUCCAUUCAGUGCCGGCCCUAGAAACUGCAUUGGUCAAAAGUUUGCCAUUUUGGAAAUGAAAGCUUCAGUGAGCAAAGUUUUGCGACAUUAUAAACUGAAACCGGCAACUCCUACACACCACCUCCAAUUGGCAGCAGAAUCAAUUCUGAAGGCAGUGAACGGCGUCAAAAUAGCUAUUGAGAAACAAACUUACUAAAAUCAUGUAAAUUCAAUCACUGUAGCAGGUAGUUAACCGUAGAAUGUAUUUUGAGUAAAUAUAGAAUUACUAUACAUAAACUAAA